AUGAAAUUAAAAAAUAUGAUGCCAAACGAGCAAAAUACUCCAAGGAAAACAGAAUUUAAAAGUAAUUCGAAUUUCUAUCGAAACAAAAUUUUUGAUCACAUAUUUGAUAAAUCUGUAGGUGAAUAUUCCAUCCCAGCAUCAAAACAACAUAAUUUUGAUGAAAAAUACAAGGAAGUGUUAACUGGAUGUGUCAAUAAAAUUCGUGGUUAUGGCACAAGAAAAUUGACAGAACAAGAAAUGCUGAGAUGGCGACAGCUAGUCAAAAAUGAUCAAAAUUUUCAGGCAAAUUUAUUACUUGAUUGA